GAUUAAAAUCGUAAUUGUUUCAGCCUCAGACAAAUUUAAUGCAAUCAAUCUAUUGCGAAUUAAACUUGAAAUUGACGGACGUAAAAGCAAAUGGAACAAAACAAAGUGUUUCAGACUGCGAGUGUGGUGUUUUCGUAAACACAUUGAGCCGGUGUCCGGGUUGGGUUUUGUGCGGUGGGAACUUUGAAAUCGCCAAUAUCAAGGGUAGUUGUUUGUAUGUGACGGUGCGCUGCGGUGCUUUAUUUUUAUAUUAUGGAAUUAUGGAAUUUAAAUAAGGUGGGAAUAGCAUUGAUUGCACUUUUGGUGGUGACAUUGGUAGAUACAUAUUCAGUCAAAAAAGAAGACACUAAAACCCGAUUUGAACUUGAUGAUUUUCUAAAUUCUACAUAUUCCGCGAAGUCUUUUAACGGUUCUUGGAUAUCGGAUUCAGAAAUCCUUUAUAAAAGCAUUGAUGGCGAUGUCAUGAAAUUUGACGCUUUAUCUGAGAAAAAUGAAAUUUUUUUGGAGAAAGCAGUUUUGGAUCAAUAUAAUGGAGCCUCAAUAAAACUAUCUGAGGAUCAUAAAUAUGUUCUAAUAGAAUACGACACAAGUUCUGUCUUUAGACACUCAACAACAUCUAAAUUUGCUGUCUAUGAUAUUGCGGAAAAAUUAGAUUACAAGCUACACAAUGAAGAGCUUCUUCAAUACGCGACGUUUGAUCCUUCUGGUCACGGAAUAGCCUAUGUGUACAAAAAUAAUAUAUAUUACUUAGCAAAUCCUACUGAAGCAACAAAUCCAAAACAGAUCACUACAGAUGGAGAGCCAAAUAUUGUCUACAACGGAGUUCCUGAUUGGGUUUACGAAGAGGAAGUGUUGGCUUCUGGAUCAGCUCUGUGGUUUUCUCCGGAUGGAAAUAAAAUUGCAUUUGCUCAAUUUAGUGAUAAAAAAGUUCAGGACUUUACUUACAUUAUAUAUGGAAAUGAUUUGUAUCCUAAACCGGUCACCAUAAAGUAUCCUAAAGUUGGCACUAUUAAUCCUACAGUUAAAUUGUUCUUGUAUGAUUUGGAAUCUUCAACUUUAAUAAAACCAGCAAUCGAACCAGAAAACGAAGAAGAUGAUUACAUUUUGUAUGAUGUUACUUGGGUGUCCGACACGGAGGUAGCAUUGAUUUCAACUAAUAGGGUACAGAACAAAUCGGUCACAACUAGAUGCAAACUGGAUGGAAAGUGUGAACAAGAGGAUGAUGAAAUUCAUAAAUCUGAAAAUGGAUGGCUGGAUCCAGAAAUACCCGAAUAUAGUAUCGAUGGUAGUAAAAAAAUAGAAAUUUUGCCUCAGAGUGAGGGUAAUGAUUUCUUUGAUCAUUUAGUCCUUACUGAUAUAGCCAAAAAAACAUCCAAGAGAUUAACAAAAGGGCGAAGAGUUGUUACAGAUAUUUACGGAUGGGAUGAAGAUUCUGAUACAAUAUAUUACGGAGGAACUGUAGAAGAUUUUCCGUAUCAACAACAGAUUUACUCUAUUAAAACAGAUGGUUCAUCUGAUACAUGCCUAUCAUGCGAUGUUGAAGUAAAUGGGGAAAAGUGUACUUACGCUGCUGCAGCAUUUAGCAAAGAACUAUCAUACAUGAUAAUUGUAUGUAGAGGACCUAAUCCUACAAAGGUUGUUGUUAAAAAUAUGAAAGAUUUAAAGGAGUACAUAUGGGAAGACAAUUCUGAACUAUUGGAGAAAUUAGCUCAAAAAGAAACAUUAGGAGUCAUAAAUUUGGAAGUUCCAGUUGCAAAUGGGUUUAAUGCUAGAGUAAGAAUUUUAACACCUGAAGAUUUCGAUUCAAAUAAAAAGUAUCCAGCUAUCGUUAAUGUUUAUGCAGGUCCAAAUUCGAAUCAAAUCUCUGAUGCUUGGACUUUUGGGUUCCAAAAUUAUUUGGUUAGUGGUAAAAAAUAUUUGUAUAUUUAUAUUGAUGGUAGAGGAUCUGGUAAGGAUGGUAGAAAUAAGUUAUUCCAAGUAUAUAGAAAUCUUGCCACGGCUGAGAUAGAGGAUCAAAUUGCAGUAACCAAAUAUUUGCAAGAGAAAUAUGCGUUUAUUGAUAGAAAUAACACUGCAAUUUGGGGUUGGAGUUAUGGAGGUUUCGCCACCGCUUGGACACUUGUGAAAGACAAAGAGAAUGUUUUUAAAUGUGGUAUAUCAGUAGCGCCAGUUACAAGUUUUAUAUACUAUGACUCAAUUUACACAGAAAGAUAUAUGGGACUGCCAGUAGAUGACAACGCCGUUGGUUACAAUAACACAGAUUUAACAAAGCAAGUGGAAGGUUUUAGAAACAAAACGUUUUACUUGAUUCACGGAAAUGCUGACGAUAAUGUUCAUUAUCAACAGUCCAUGGUACUGUCGAGUGCUUUGGAACAAGCUGAUAUUUUAUUUCAACAACAGAGCUAUCCAGACGAAAACCACUCAUUGACUCAUGUGAAAAAUCAUUUGUAUCACAGUAUGGAUCAAUUUUGGAAUCGUUGCUUCGCUACGGCCAUUGAAAGGGAGGUACUUAAAGAAAACUCAAAUUCUAUAUAGCAUAAAUAUAAAUAAAUAAGUACAACAUUUAA